AUGCUGGCCAGCGCGUGCGACGACCAGACGGUGCGCAUCUGGGAGCCGCCCCAAACGAAGCCCGAGCAACCCCCGCUUCCCCCCUCGCCUCCCGGCGACGCCUCCACCUCCGCCGCCGCUACUGCUGGUGACGCCGCAGGUUGUUCUAGUGGCUGUGGGGGCGAGGGGGCGAUGAGGGGGGUCGGUGUGAGGUUUGGUAGCGGCAGCGGCGGCGUUGAAGCGCCGUCCCCCGGGAGUAGCAACAGCAGCAGCGAGCAGAAACAACGCGGCGGCGGCGGCGGCGGGAGGGGCGGGGGUGCUAGACGCGUCAAAGUGAAGACGGAGCUCGACGUCACAGAGGGGGGACGAGAAGGCGGUAGCGGUAGCAGGAGCGGUAGCAAGGGGAAGGGAAAAGGCGGGAGACGUUCCAGCCUUGGCGUGGAGGGUGUUGAGGUGGAAGGGGGCCGGCGCUGGGGAUACGGUCUCGGACACUCUGCCGCCGCCGGCCAGGGGUGGGUAGGGGACGGCGGCGGCGGACAAGGCGACCACGAUAGCGGGUAUUCGGCGAGAAUUGCGGCGUUGCGAUGGUGACACCUGCUCGGGCCGGGGCCAGGGAAUGUACAUAUGUAGUUCAGUCGGAUUUGUGCAGUUGGUGAUGGUGUAGACUGGUCGAAGGAUAUGGGAUGUUGUGUCCAUUUUUGGUACCCGGAUUGUUUUGAUGGAUUUUUUUCGCCUCCUGUGGUUUUGUCGUCCUUCAAAUCUUGUUAAUACAACCGUAAAUUUGCUGCGCACCAUCUUCCCCAUGCCCGGUGUCUU